AAAACUACUACCGUGCAGGAUAUACUGCAAACUUGAUUGAUGAUACCUCUCAACAAUCAGACAGGUCGUUUUCGAAAGCUUGCAUUAAUGAAAAACGAUGGAAAGUAGUCCGAUGAUCUCAAGAUAAAUGAUUAUAUGUAUGUAUGUAUGUUUCGCACUCUUCGCUCGAAAAUUGUAACACGUGAACGUCUUAUGAAUCUUGAAAAUUCUCACGAUAACACCAAGUAGCAUUUGUGGAUUCACAUACAAGUUUAAACCCCUACACGACCUUGAUUUUCUGAUCGCGUUAAUAUCCCUAUUUGAUAAUCGUGGGAAAGAUCGCAGGUUCGACACAUUUCUCACGAAUACUCAUAUCGAUGUAUGUCCGUAGCUUACUUAUUGUUAGAUAGAUUGGCUAUCGAUGACGGCAGUGUUUGCUUUUGGUCAAGGUUUGCCUAUCGGCUCAAUUUUAUCUGUUAUUUUCUGCGGAUCACGUUUCAAGUACAUCGUCUUUCCUUGCUUGAUCGUAUUUGCGAUCGAUACAUGAGGAGGAAUAAUCGUUUUGUUAUCGCCCGAUUGAAUGUUCUUCGUAGAAAACGAACGAAUAUUAGACCUUUUACAUAUGUACUUAUAUAUAAAUUCAAUAUUUUCCAUAAAUAGAAAAAUAAUCGUCUUUCUCCUUCGUGUCUUAAGAAAGACAUAUAAAUCAAACGUUGCAAAAUAUUGAGAACACUAUUUCCUGUUUCCUUCCAUGUUAACUAAUGUAAAAAAUAAUUAUGCUAUAACAUAAUGCAUAAUUAUGCUAUAACAUAAUUUUUUGCUAUUAUAGGGUAUCUCUUUAAAUGUAUCAUGUUUUCUUAAGCGUUCACCAAUAGGCUUCGUGUGUAUUGUUUCGAGGGUUUCUUCUGAUCAUUCGCUACAUGAGAAGCCAUCGAUGAGAACAGAAAAAAUAUAUUAAGUUUUAGACGAAAGAUUAGGCUUUGUUUAUACGUGGUAGAGAAUACGAACAAUAGUUACGAGAGAGGGUAGAGGUAGAGUGCAGGGUGUCUAAGACGUAUAAGUUGAGCUUGCAAACUUGUAAGCUCAAUCCCUCGCUGGCCUGGAUGUGUCUUAUAGUCUUAGUCAGUGCCUCGUGACUCGCAAUCCUAAACGGACGAAAGCUCACUCUCUUAGUCUUUCUCUCUCUCUCUCUCUCUCUCUUUGUUAUUCUUUCUAACUAUUUAUGUCUCUGUUUCUUUUUCUCUUUUCAAUCAGCUAAUGAAAUCGAACUUUUAACAAUCACGUGUUUUUUACAUAUAUUGUAUCUUUAGAUACAUUUUCGAAAUUACAUUAUCGAGAUCUAAAUAUCAUAUUUGUUGGCCAAAAAUAAUUUAAAGAAAAGCUGAAUGAGAGUUAAAAGAAAAAAAAAAUUGAGAUAUAAAUAUUGAUGUAUAUUUCUUUAUAACGCAUCGUUCAAGUUCAUUGUGUUUGAUCGUAAACCGAUGGGGAUUUAAUCGCAGGUGUGUUAUUCUUAAAGAAAAGAAAAUAACGGGAUUCGUCGUGGUGUUGGUGUCCUUGAAGAAUGAAUACGUGUAACGUAGUACAUCGUAGUUGUUAUAUUAUAAAAGAACAACCGGGAGUAAUUAAGGGAUGAAAAAAAGACGAAUGUGAUAAGAAACGCUAACGUGCGUUUAAUUAAGCAAAGAAACUUUAUAAUUCGCCUGCGAAAUGAAAACUGUUUAAAAGCUGUGGUAAGAAUUAGAAGGGAACGUGGAGAAAGAGUCACGUGUUAAAUAAUUAGGUAGAGUUCAAAUCUCGACUUGAAAUCUUACUCAAGGUGAACGCUAAAGUUGUUGUUGUGUGUACGGUCCCAUUCCACGUGAACGGAAUAUAGCGAUAACUGCACCAGCUAAAAGAUGUUAACCCUUUACGUUUCAACUACCAACAUUGCUGAAAUAACAACAAGAGAACACAUAUAAACACAUACGUGUACGUAAAACAAGUAGAUACAAUCUAUACGAAACUUAUCAAAGUAACGAUAUUAUCGAAACUUACACGUAUUUAUUAUUAAGUAUAACUAAAAAAUGAUAAUGUUGACGGCAGUUCUAGCAGUUGGAUUAGAAUGUCUGUAGUUGUUAUACCAGCAACGUUAUAGUUAGUUUGAGAACGAAGAGUUAAACGAGAAUACGUUUCAAUACGAUGAUUAUUAUUAUUCAUAGCAAAAAAAGAAAUUCUUUUUUUAAUUUAGUGAUAUAUCGUGUAUGUAUAAACGGGUACUGCUUGUCUUCGUAAAGACAGUCAUGGACGUAAAAUCGUUAAGUAGGUUAGUGGGUAGCGAGAGAAACUUUGGUUGAACCUUUGCCGAGUGAACAGGACUUCUAAGGGUGUUAUUGCUAGCCCUUAGGAGCAUAACUUACACGCUAUUUAGAAAUUUAUAACGAACGUGUGAGAGAUCUUUUGAAACCAUCCUCGAGUAGCCAUAAUCUAAAAGUUCGUGAACAUCCUCGACUAGGUCCUUACGUCCAAGGAUUGACAUAUCACGUGGCUCAUACAUUGGAAACGUUAAUGUCAUACGUCGAGGGAGGUACAAAAGCCAGAAAGACAGCCGCCACCUUACAAAAUUCCAACAGUAGUCGUAGUCACGCAUUGCUCACAAUUUUUCUUAAUCCGGAGAUAGCAACGGCGACAGCUACGACAGGGCAACAACCAACGAAAGGAGGAAAUACCAAUAGCAAAUACAAUGAUGGCGCGUCCUCUUCUAGGCGCAACGACGUCAUACCUCGUAAUAACGGCAGUAAGCUGCAUUUGGUCGAUCUAGCCGGUAGCGAAAACGCUCAAAGGUGCGAUGGUGUGCAUCGACUAAAAGAAGGUGCGAAUAUAAAUAAAAGUUUGGUAGCCUUGGGCAAUGUUAUUUCGGCUUUAACGGGGAAAGUCUCAGGUGCUAGUGGUUCUAGUAGAAGGUAUAUCCCUUAUAGAGAUUCUUCGCUUACUUGGCUUCUGAAGGACGCACUUGGUGGAAAUGCUACCACCGUUAUGCUCGCAACCGUAUCACCAGCCAGUGAAAAUUACAACGAAACCGCGCAUACGUUACGAUUCGCUCAAAGGGCGCACAGCGUGGUCAAUAAACCCAUGGUCAAUGAAGAUCCCAUGGCAAAAACAAUCCGUGAAUUAAGGGCUGAGAUAACGAGAUUGAAAUCUUUGUUAUUAGAGAAGAACAUCGAGCCAGAUAAAAAAUCAUUACAAGAUGAAUCUGGGACGAACGAUUCGGGAAAAAAGAAGGAUCAGUCGUCGAAAAAUAGCGUGCUGGGAAAUAAACAGAGAAUCGAAACUUAUCGACAGAUAGAACAUAUAAAAGAAGGUGUUAGUAGUGUUGGUGGUAGUAGUGGAGUUCUUUCUUUAAUCAGAAGGGUAAAUUCAACUGAGAACUUAGCAAAUCACGACAAUGCCUCCGUAAAAUCUAUUAGAAAAUUUGGCUCGUACGAACGUCUCGAUUACAAAACGAGAACUAGUUACAGUUAUAAUCGUGCUGAAGUUUCGGAGUUAGAGGACGAAGGAAAUGAUUUCAUCGGAGAAAUAAACGAAGCUGUAUUCGUCGACAUUCCAACUCUUGUUGCGGUACUUAUAAAACCGGAUAAUAAUUUCCACGAGAGUUCGACACAAAUCGAAGAGAUUUGUUCUGACGAGAUACACGAUUAUCCGAUCGAGUCGGAUUUUAUAGGAAGUAAUAACCUUCGUGAGAUCUGUGAAAAUCGUACGAGCAAAGCUGCGAACGACGACUAUGAAGAUGAAAAUAAUCAUUUCGAUCUAGAUCUGGAUAAUGAAAUAAACGAUACUCGUUCGAAUAUCAUUCAUUCGGAAAGAAAAGAAAAAUCUAAAUUUUGUAAACAAGAUUCCAUCAAUGUUGCAACACCAACGGAAACAUCUACGAACUUGUAUAUGUCAAGAAAAUUCGGUUCUGUCGAGAUAUUGCAAAAAAAACGUGAUAAUCUAGCGACUCUAGAGAGAUCCAACACGAAUUUGGAGAAACAAUCGACGGUACCUGAGGAAGUCGACAUAGAGAAUAAACUCGUAAAUAAAAGAAAAGCCGAAAAUUCUAAAAGCGAUAGCUAUACGAGUUUAUGGAAAGAUACUAACAAAUUUGAUAGUAGAGAUCAUCUUCAAAGAACUGGUAGUAAUGAGUUUGAAAAAAAUUCCAAAGAUAAUUCAUCCGUGAUAGGUCUUAUAGGGAAGAUUAAAAAUACAGCGAGAAAGCCAAGUUUAGAAAAUUUAAAGAGGAAGACUAGUAAGGACAGUAGUUCGAGUAGCUCGAAAGACGAACAGAUAUUGAUUUCGAGUUUGACGAAUGAUAAGGUCUUAAGGAGAAAAGAUUCGUUGGAUCAUAGUCCAUCUACAAGGGUUCACACUCCUGUACAAAAAGCGAAGAGAGCGGAGAUCGUAGCUGCUGUUACGGAAAGAUUAUAUUCGAGUAGGAAACAGGUGGAAGACAUGACAACCGUGACAGGGUCCGCAUCAACGUCUCUGUCAGGUAUUCGUUCUCCUCCAGAGGGAACGGAUGUUAGAUUAACGACUUCCUCUUUGACUGCUAAAACGAAACUUCAAGAGAUAUCGAGGAAGAUGCUAGCCAAACGACGGCGUGUCAACGUCGACACGCAAACGGAACAAAUGCAAACGAUUCGUAUGAAGGAUUCGGCAUCUUUGACGGAUGAGACAAAAAUUGUUUGUCAAGACGUAGGUGUAUUAACUGACGAGCAUAACGAUUAUCAAACGAAGAUGGACAAUAGAUCGCCUGUUAUUAGAGUAAAGGAAAUUGCAACGUUAACGGACAAAUUAAAAAGCGAAAUCAUGGAAUCUAAAGAUGCGGAGUGUCUGGUGAAUGAUCUCAAUUUUUACGAAUACGGUGUGAAUUUUUUAAAUAAUAAUUCCAAAAUAUUAUUGGAAGAUAUAAGAACUUAUACAAGUAAAAUGUCUAACACAGAUACUUCAGAAUUAUGUUUAACUAACGAUAAAAAAGUCGAUCGUUUUGAUAAAUCAACGAAUACCGUGGUUGUUCCUGUUGCAGUCAAUUCUAUCGUUCAAACGCAACAACCACCGGAGCAAUCCGUCCUACAAGAAAAAACAACGCAAUAUUUUGGAGAGAAUUACAAUGCAAUUGAAGAAUCCAAUCCUACAAUGGCUGUACAGAAAUCAGAGAGAAAUGUUAUUUCCAUGUGUUUACCUGACACGAUUAGUAUAACUAUCGAAAGCUCGAAUCUUUUAGAAUCAAAAGUUGUUAUAAUUGACGAUACUUUAAAUAAGACAAGUAUCUCGGAGAAAAGAGAUAUAUCUCAUUUAAAAGACAACGAGUGUCAAACUGAAAUUGAAAAGAAAAAUGUCAAACAGGAGGAUAAGAGUAAUGAUUGUUACGUAAAAGGAUUUGCAACAAAAUCAAGUGUCAGUCAGACGGAUAGCAAAUGUUUUAGAAUCGAAAAUAUCUUUGAAGAUCCUCGACAUAUCUCUAAGAUACGUACUCAAUCGGAAGAAAAUACUUUGAAUACAUCUAAAAACACAGCUACGAAAGCAUCAGUUACUUUUACCAAUUCUUUGGGUACUUCUUUCAUUCCAGAUACCAAAGAAUGUGCUACCGAUAUGAACAAGGGACAGGUUUAUGCACUUCAAAGUGGUCGAUCGUUUAACCGAGACAAAAGCUUUAGAGAAACAUUUAUUUCGAAAAAAUAUAAUAACCCAUUAGCUACAGAUAUCUGGAAAAAUUGGAUGAUUUCAUUUCCUCCAACUUCGUGGCAACAUCAAAGAAAUGUAUUAUCAGUUAACGGGUUGACCUUUGCAUGGAAUAAUUCUCUAAAUAAUGAUUGUACCGCGAUCGUUAGCACUACAGAUUUGAAAGAACCUAAUCUAAAUUCCAAUGUCUUUCUUCCCAAUAAUAUGUACGAUAAUAACGAAGUUACAGAUUUAAAAUCUCCGUCUUUAAUCGCCAGAAUAGAUUCAAAGAGAUUGUUAGAACAUGAUUAUAACUUUUCAGAUGACAGUCUUGAUUAUAACGAGGAAAAUGUUGUCUCUAAUUCGAAUAAUAUAAAUACGGAAACUCCUGAGGAGAGUGAAAUUUUUGAAAAUAUUUGUCCACCUGACGUCGUUGCUCAUACUAAGAAAGAAAAUUCGACUUCAUUAGGAAAUACUUGCGACAAUAAUGUCGACGUCUCACUAGCGAAUCAUUUCGAAGAGGAUCUAGUAGAAUUCCCAAAGAAAAAACCUGUUGAACCAAUCGAUGGAUCUUUUAUUUCUGUUCACGAUUAUAAAUCAUUGAUUUUAGGUAAAGAUACAAUUAACAUCGAUAAUUCACAGGAAGCUCGAAAUAAUUUCGAAGAAAAAUCAUCAAAUUCUUUGAAAAAUUCUUGCAAGAAAAAAGUCACUUUUAUGGAUAGCAAAACUUCAAGGGAACAUCACAAUCAGAUUGGACCAACAGAAGCAAAUUCAUUAAGUCAAAGUAAAACUUUUUCCAAGCCUUUUAUUAAAAAAAAGAUGCACGAACAUAAUGCUAAUGACGAUGAUUGUCAGGCUCUUCAUAUGAACGAUAAAGAAUUAUUGAUAAAUAAAGAUAAAACUUUGGAUAAUCAUCUUGAAAAUAUAAAUAAUAGCGAAAAUGAUAAAAUCGAAGAUUGUGUGCAAGAGAAAAAGACAUCGGCUAAUUUUAUCAAGGUUUCGAGUAAUAAAAACAUCAAGUCCUGCGAAAAAAAUAAUUUUCAAAAUAGUUGCAGUGAUUCCGAUAGUAGUGAGGACAUUAACAGGGACGGGGAUUGUGUUAUAAAGUUAAAGAGGAAAAUACUACAAGAAUACGUUAACGAGGCAACAACGUUUAUGCGUAACAUGAAUUCUCUCAAUGAAUAUAUAAAUACUACAAAUAUAUGUGGGAAACAUCAGAGACAAGAUAAAAAACGAGGAAAUCAUCGACGAUGUCCUCAACGAAACGAAAACUAUACAGAAUUGAGAGAUCGUAAAGUUAUCGAUAAUAAUAAUGAACUAUUAGAAGAAACUGACGUGAUAGUGCCCACAGAAUCUUUUAAAAAAUGUUUAGAAGGUAUCGAGAGACUAGAAAAUUGUAUAGAAAAAACAAAUAAACACAAUGAGUAUCUUCGUGAAAAAUAUGGCAUCAUCAUUGAAUCUGCUGGCGCUAAAUCUGGUUUAGCGAGCUCUAGUAUAGAUUCUAGUGUAAAUUCUAAAAUCUUUUCUAAUCCUGUUCGAAGAUAUACGGACUUACAGGAAGAACCUAUUAUUUCGGAAACCUUAGAGAAUUUCUUUCCUUCGAACAGGUGUUCUUUUAAAGAUUCUUCCAUGUCGAAAUUUACAGAAGAUCCAUAUGAUCCAUUAAGGAUCUAUGAUGACUUUUACGAUACGAAUAAUCAAGAAGUGUUUAGUAUAAAAAGUAAAACUGAAAGAAAACAUUCUAAUCGAUUAAUAAAUGCUUAUCCAUCUUGCCAUUGUCGUACAAAAAAUAUUUUCUAUAGAAAAGAGAAACAAUUUCAAAACAAUACUUGCAAACUUUAUCAUUUUUAUGAUGAUAGAAGUAUGAACGAUCUUCUCGAUGAUUCAGCCGCAACGGAGGAUGAAAAUAUAGAAUUGUCAAGUAGUAUUUUAAUGAAGCCUAUAAAGUAUUACGAACAUUUAGAAAAAUCAUUCGAGGAUAAUGGCUUUCCAAGAUUGAUGACAAACACUUUUUUGAGAUGUACAAAAAAUGAAACACCGAAUUUUGUUAAUUCAAGAAUAUUCCAUCGGGCUACUGUUACUGAUACUAAGCCAUAUUCCUGGGAAAGAUGGCGAUAUCGCCCUGAAAGUCCAAGAGCAAAAUUUUUAGAAUUGUUGCACGAAAGACGACGCAUCGUUGAAAACAGCAGAGAUGUCACAUUUUAAAAUAUCAUAUCCAUCAAAUGUGUAAAUUAUAAAUUCAUUUCUCCGAUAUAUUUUUCUACAUUAAUGAUUAAGUAAAAAAAAAAAAAUAA